GUUUAAACGUGUCUGUUUUUAAUUAUUUUAUCCCUGAGUGGUGGCGACACCCUCCGACUGUGUAUCCGCUAUAAAGACACCUGAACCGGGUUUAUUUGAGACCUUUAAAACAGGCUAAGUGAGCAUGCUAGCGGGUAGCCCUCUGUUAGCGGAGGGCUGAGGAGCUGAAGUUGUUUAAUGUUGUUUUCGUUUUGAUUACUUUUAAAAAACCUCCAGAGUUCAGUUAAAUGUUAUCUCUGAUAUAAUAAUGUGUGUUUAAAUAUGUCGUAGGUUGAUGGAGAGUGUUUGAAAGAUGUGUUUUUAAAGUGUGAUGCACCUGUUGCGUCCUGAACCUGCUGUUUUAAAGCUUUUCACUCUCCGUUACUUUUUAAAAUGUGGCUUUAAAAGCUUCAAUAAAGCAGGAAAAUGUGUUUUUUUAAUAGUUCCUACAUUUGGUUUCAUCCCCCUCUCCCCUCUGAGUUUGCUGAGUUUCACUUCCUGGUUUCUCAGGUGAGCUGCGCAGAUCGAUCCAGAGCGACGAACGGAGAGCGAGGAACGACAACGAUGUUUGAGAAUGUCCCGACGGUGUCCACCGCAGAGCGUCAGCAGGUACUGGGAGCUCUGGAGCGUCUGCAGGCCAAACUGGUGCAGAGGGAGGAGUGGAGCCACAGCGAGACCCUGGGGACCCUGAGGGAGACCCUGCAGAGUCCUCUGUUCAGUCACAUCCUGACCCUGCAGCACUCCAUCAAACAGCUGCGACACCAGGUGAGGAGCACGCCGUCAACACGACAAACAGAGACACACUAAACUACAGAUACAAACUUUACCUGAGAAUAAGAAGAUGAAUAUCUGGAGUAUGGACGGGGUCUGAAACUAAAACCCGCCAAGCACCAAAUGCUGAUUCCAUUGUCUGUUUGGAGAAUAUUUCAGAGCGCCAUCGCCUCGUGGCGGGUAAAUGUUUGUAGAGUUUUACGCUAAUUUGUUGUAGCUGCAGCGUCUGUCUCCUGCUCCUCUCCUGUCUUUAUGUCAGACAACAUACACUGAUGCACAAUCAGGCGCCAGCCACAACGCUCUGCUGUUUUCCUCUGGUGCAAGGGAACGCAGUUGAUCCAUGGUCCCACCAGACCGAGUUCUACAGUUUGGUUUGCUCAUGAUCUGUUCUGUGCAGCCUGCAGCUUGCUCCGUCAAAACUAGACUAGCAGAUGUAGAAAUAUAUGUGAAAUAUGUGCAAAUUGGCUGAAAAGUCAGGGGCAGCUGUGGGUCAGUGGUUGAGUUUGUCGUCUCUUAACUGGAAGGUCGGGGGUUCAAUCCC